CUCAAACUUGUUUAAAUUCUAUGGUGUCAAUGUAGCUGAACAUUGAAGGAUCAAUUCAUGGUUGUUUGCUGAAAACAAACUCCUUCAUGAUUUCCGCGGGAGUUAUCAGUCCAACAAUCAUCGUCUCAUCGUUCACUGUUCAGGGCAAGAUAGAAAACUGUCAGAAGUAUUAUCAUGAUUCAUUGUUAUAACCUUUGUUCUUAGACCUUGUGUAAUAACUUUAUUGUUGGUUAUAUGUUGGCGUAAGAAUGAAGGAUUCUUGGUGACUCUAAAGAAUAACGGCCCAAACCCAAACGACCUUCGAACAAAAAAGUGACCUUGAGCAAGGAAUCAGCUGACUGUAUCAUUUUCGGAAGUAAUCAUGGAUGUUUUCGAUUACUGUUUGGAUAACGGACUCAUAGCUUUGUCGAAAAUUUGCCAGUGCGGAGGAGUUAUGCAUAUACAAAUAUAAGCAGAGGCCAUUGAUGGCUUUGUAUACAGAUGUAUUGAGUGCCGAAGGAGGAAAUCGGUUCGAGAUGGAACUUUUCUCUCAAGUUCUAAACUACCUUUGGCGAAAAUUUUAAUGAUCUGUAACUUCUGGGUCCUGAAAAGAGCAGUCACAGCUACAGCUUAUGAAACAGAAAAUUCAGAGGUGUCAGCAGUGCAAUGGUACAACUACUGCAGAGAUGUUUCCUCCUGGAAAAUGAACACCCUGACUCAAGUUCUCGGGGGAGUCGGUAGCAUAGUCCAUAUUCAUGAGAGUGUACUUAUAAAAAGGAAAUACAACCGCGGGAGAUUACAAGCAAACCAGCAGUGGAUACUGGGUAUCUACGACACGACACCGCGCAAAGGGUAUAUGGAAGCGAUUCCCAAUCGCAGUGCAGCAGUAUUAGUGCCUAUUAAUAAGCGUUUGGUGUUGCCGGGGACGACCAUUCAUACGGAUGAAUGGAGCGGAUACCGUCAAAUAUCGAAUCAUGGGUACAUUCAUCAUGUUGUUAAUCAUACGGACGGUUUCCGGAAUCCUUUGGAUGGAACCCACACCAGUUCCAUUGAAAGUUUCUGGAGACGUAUAAGAGCGGUUAAUGGAUCGAGAAAUCCCAUGAUUCACAGUUACCUGGAUGAAUUUAUGUACCGAAACUGGUUUCAUAUGACUAUGAAGACUCCCUUGAGAAACUGGGAGGUUUUUUGGAACAUAUACGCGAACACCAUUCUUUGUAACUGUUUAUUAUGAUUG